GUGCUUCCACUAUAGUGGAUGCUGCCCACACAUGCAAACACAUUCGCUCACGCACACCAAUACAAAGGCCGCUGGUAAAUUGCGCAAAUCGCAUGUGUUUUCUCUUCUUCUUUGCCCACCGUUUUGUUGUUGCCGCCGCGAUCGAAAUCACGAAAAACCGCCAUAAAAGCGUUUGCAUUGUUUUUGGUCAACUGCAUUGCAGACCGCAACGCGGCAUCCACACAGCCACAAAAAUUAACAACAUCCACUGUUGAACAGUUAAAAAAAAUAAGCAGGUCGUUUACAAAGUGCGUAAUUUCAGUUUCUUGUAUAUUUUUGAACAUCGUAACCAAAAACAAACUGAUGCUAAAUUACCAAAUUAUGGAUCUUCACAUAACAACCCAGGCAAAGUACGUCACUUUCAUCCACCCCUUUCGAGAUAUCUGACGAUGAUGAGCGACUACAAGUACUUGUUCAAGAUCCUCAUCCUGGGGGACUGCGGCGUGGGCAAGUCCUGUCUGCUGAUGCGCUUCUCGGACGGCCAGUUUACCGGAAAGUAUCUGUGCACGGUGGGCGUGGACUUCAAGGUGCGCACCGUGGAGGUGGCCGGCCAGGUGGUGAAGCUCCAGAUCUGGGACACCGCCGGCGAGGAGCGCUUCAAGUCGGUGCUGCCGGCCUACUAUCGCGGUGCCCAUGGCAUCCUGCUCGUCUACGACACCACGUCGGCCAGCAGUUUCCAGAGCAUCGAUGGCUGGCUGGAGGAGAUCCAUCGCAAUUGCCCGGACGGGGUCAACGUCCAGCUGGUGGGCAACAAGUGCGACGACCUGGAGCGCCGCCAGGUGAGCCAACAGCAGGCGGCCCACUAUGCGGAUUACCGGGCCAUCGCCUUUCGCGAGGCCUCUGCCAAGAGUGGCGCCAAUGUGAAUCACAUAUUCGCCGCCUUGGCAGUUCAUAUUUUCAAUCGCCUGGUGGCAAAACCCUCAGCUCCCAGUCGAAUGCUGGGCGGGCAGGAUACAAAGGACGACGACGAGGUGCCGGUGGACAAGGAGAAGCCACCAGCCCCAUCAGCCCCAUCAGCCCCACCAGCUCCCAAGAUCCGGCUGGCAGGCUCUCAUCGCCUGCGGCCCAAACAUGUUGCCUCUUGCUGUUGAGAAACUUCCUUCUUAUAUGUACAUAUAUUUUCUUUAAGUUUUUCUUUCU